GCGACUUCCUCUCUCGGUUUGUCUGGGUCAUCUUGUCUGCCUGCCGCUGGCCUGGCCCCGUCUGUCUCUCUCAGCAGCUGUCUUUCUCGCGCCCACUGGCCGGUCUCUCCUCUUCCCCGCAGUCGCCUCCUUCCUCUGCCUGCCUGGGUGGCCGCCAUGGGCCGGAAGCAGCUCAUCACUGAUUCCUACCCGGUUGUGAAGAGGAGGGAGGGGCCCGCUGGGCACAGCAAGGGGGAGCUGGCACCCGAGCUAGGGGAGGAGCCCCAGCCCCGCGACGAGGAGGAAGCGGAGCUGGAGCUGCUGAGGCAGUUUGACCUGGCCUGGCAGUACGGGCCCUGCACCGGUGAGAACCCACCCAGCCCCACGGAGGUGCCUCUCCCAGCCAGUCCCGUCACCCACACGUCUCUGAAGUCACCCAAGCGCUUGCGUGACUCUGACCCUCAGGCACUGUCUCCCCUGAACACACACAUUCUCCAGCUCAGACUCUACCCCACCCCUAACAAGGCUCCAGAGUCUUCUUCCUACCCUGGCAGGGAUCACACGGCUGCAGCGCUGGUGUCGGGCCAAGCAGAUGGGCUUGGAGCCUCCCCCAGAGGUGUGGGAGGUGCUGAAGACCCACCCCGGAGACCCCCGCUUCCAGUGCAGGUCAGAGACAGGCCGGGAGGGCUUUCAGGGGAGCCAGGGCCUUCUCCAGGCACCGUCACCCUGCUGUCCUGACCUGAGGGAGAAAUGGAUGGAGGGUUGAAGGGCCUUGCUGAACAGGCAAGAAGGAGGACACGCAACUGUAAUAAUUCUUUUUUUUUUUUUUUUGACACGGAGUCUCGCUCUGUCGCCCAGGCUGGAGUGUAGUGGCGCGAUCUUGGCUCACUGCAAGCUUCGCCUCCUGGGUUCACGCCAUUCUCCUGCCUCAGCCUCCUGAGUAGCUGGGACUAGAGGCGCCCGCCACCACGCCCGGCUAAUUUUGUUUUUGUAUUUUUAGUAGAGAUGGGGUUUCACUGUGUUAGCCAGGAUGGUCUUGAUCUCCUGACCUCGUGAUCCACCCGCCUCGACCUCCCAAGGUGCUGGGAUUACAGGCGUGAGCCACCACACCCGGCCAAUAAUUCUUACCUCCACAAGCUAGUCGGGGGCAAAGGUACACCCAGGAACCAAGGAACUAUCUAUUUAGAACCAAGGGGUUUCCCAAGGACUAUGGGCAUGGCCAAGAAUAGCUGGUGAAAUCAGAUCCAGGGACUCAACAACUGACCCUUUCUCUCUCUCUCUCUCUCUCUCUCUGGGAUAUCCCUCCGUCCCACCCCAAUCUUCUACAGCCUCUGGCAUCUCUAUCCCCUAUGAGGCACCACGUAUGACCUCCUGCCCUUGGCUGUCUUGCUUAUCACCCAAGAAUCUCAGGACAGAAGCAAGAGUCCAUUGCUCCUGCUCAGCUCAGCCCCGCUGCGGAGGAACCCUUGGCAGGCAGAACCUGGAGGUGUCAGAGGCUCAACUCCUCCAUCUAACCAGCAGGCUCCCAGAGCCCCCCUGGAAGAGCCUGUGCAGCUGAAGCAGAGUGCUUCUAGAUGGAGAGUGGUCACUAGGGAAAAGGACCUGGCCAUCACCUUCCAGUACCUGCUGCCUGUCUCCCUGACCCAUGGUGUGGCAAGUUAGGCACAGCCAGACGUGGACAGUUGAUCCAUGAGGCAAAGAUGCUGUCCCACCUAUGGCUAGGAAUCAGAGCAGGACUGGCUGAGCUCCCAGGGCAAGGGGUUCACUAAUGCUUACCAAUAAAGAAUAUUAAGCCUGGAA